AUGGCCUCGGAAACAAAACCCCCCAUCAAGGGCAUCCUCAAGAAACCAAAGACCACCGCCACCCAAAGCCCCGCACAACAACCCACCACCGCCACAGCAACACCAAAAGGCAAGGCCCCGCAGCCCCCCAGACAGGACCCCCGCCAGAUCGCCCUCCAGCACGCCCGCAUCCUCCAGGACCGCAAGGACACAGAGGCCCAGAUCCUAGAAAACGUAAUCGCCCUCCUCGACCUCCCCCUCGACCCCAACACCCCCGCCGGCAGCCCAGACCCCGCCGACGCGCACCUCUUCCUCUCCCUCGUCCGCAUCUUCCAGCCCUCGGACUACGACGACCUCAUCACGGAGCGCAACCUCGACGGCGACAAGUGCGGCUACGCGCUGUGCGGCAGCCGGCGGCGGAAAUACAAGGGCGCGGGCACGUACAAGAUGGUCAACAAGGGCCGCCGCGACUUUGAUAUCGUCGAGACGCGCGAGCUCGAGCGCUGGUGCGGCGCCGCGUGCGCCCGCCGCGCCCUGUGGGUCAAGGUCCAGCUCAACGAGACGGCCGCGUGGGAGCGGGUCGGGCUGCCCGAGAUCGCGAUCGAGCUGUACCCGGAGGAGAAGGAGGCGGCGGCGGCGGCGGGUGGUGCUUCCGCUUCCGCCGCCGCCGCCGGGCCUUCCGGGGAGGGGGAGAAGGGAGAAGCAGUGGGCGGCACGGACGAGCCUGCGAGGCUGGCUGCUGAGAUGGCCCGGCUGCAGCUGCGCGAGGACCGCAGGGCCGCCGAGGACCGCAGGGCCGCCGAGGACGCCAGGAACCUGGCCCUGGAGAGGGGCGAGGAUGUUAAGAAGGCGGCGGCGCCCACGGCCAAGGUGGACGUUGUCGUUCGCGAGAAGACGGUCAUGACACGGGCGGAGGCCCCUGCCCUCGGUGAUGGUGGUGCUGAUGAUUCCAUCGAGGGGUAUAAGGUCAAGUUCUCGACCGAACCUGAAAAGGCUUCGUAG